AUGGCGGAUGACACUCCGCUCACCUCCCACGCCAUCUCUCAGGCCGGUAGCCCGAAGGAGGACGCAGAGACCAAGGCGACGAGGGAAGAGCUCAAACAGACCGCAAUUUCCGAAAAGCCAGCUGCGGCAGAGCAGGAAGGAGAAAUGGCCAAGGCACCAAAGCUGAGCCCUGUCGACACUACCAAGCCCGCCGACGACACAUUGAAGGAGCAAAUUUCGUCACCAAAGAAGAAGAGGGCGCAUGACCAGCUAGACGAGAACCACGAGCCUAGCUCUUCGGAGUCGGCAGGUAGCCUUUCGCCGAAGGAUGGCACCAAUAGGACCGACAGACUGGAGCCGGAGAAAAAGAGAGCGCGUGAUGAGCUGGCCGAGGCAGAGGCUGAAGAUGAAUCUGGGGCUCCCGCAACCGAAUCUACCGAGAAGACGACGGAAUCUACCGACACCCACAAGCCCAAAGACCCUCCAUUAUCUGUCAGCUUACAAAAGCCCGCCAGCGGGAAGGGCGAUACUGCACCGGCUACUACCUCAGCCGCCGCCUUCGCAAAGUCUGGUUUUGCAAAACUGAGCGGUGCUACAUCUCCCUUUGGUACUUUAGGGGCUACUGGUGGUGCAUCUCCAUUUGGUGCAUUAGGAUCUUCCGGCAACACCGCAUCGGGGUUCGGCACCCUGUCUUCUUCAGCCUCACCCUCCCCAUUCGGAGCUUUAGGGGCAGGUUCCGGUACCAUUCCAGCACCGCCCAAGUUGACCUUUGGACCCCCGGGUGAUGGCUCCCCCUCGGCCUCUCCGUUUGCUUCACUCAAUGGCGGCGCGUCCAAACCGUUUGGAAGCGCCUUUGGCAGUGGAUUCGGGGGUGGCCUGGGUGCGUCCAGGCUGACGAGUUUUGCAAAGCCUGGUGGAGUGCUCAAGAAUGAUAAGCCAGCUCGGCCCUUUGGUGCGCCGGACAGUGACAAUGAAGCAUCUGAAGGUGGGGAAAGUGAUACAGAGACUGGCGACGAUGGCGUGGCUCUGGAAGAAUCCGAGUCUGAGGAGAAGGCCAAAGACGAAGAGGGCGAAGCAGAGCAGACCAAGCCCGCAAGCGCGGAAGACAAAAAGAAGGCGACGAAGCUGCAAAAAGUCGUCGUUGACGAUGGAGAGGCCGGCGAGGCUACCAUCUUUUUGGCUAGGGCCAAGGUUUAUCACUUGGACAAAGAGUCGGGAGCUUGGAAAGAACGAGGCGCCGGUAUUCUUAAAGUCAACGUGCCAGAGGCAACCAUAGAUUUUGACCAAAGUGGUGCUGCUCUGACGGCUUCAUUCGAUGCCUCAGUGCUCGACGCUGGUGACGGCGAUAGCAAGACGCCCAAGGUCGUUCGCCUGAUUAUGCGCCAGGAUCACACCCUUCGGGUGGUCAUCAACACGGCAGUAUUAGCCGGGACGGAGUUUGUAAGGAGGGAGAUGAUGAAAGCUGUUGGAUUUCUCUUCACGGCCUUGGAGGGACCAGAUGCUCAUCCGGUCACAUUACAAAUCAAGCAGGCCCCGAGCCAGCAAAAGGGCUGGGCCAUCCUAAAUGCCAACCAACGACCAGUCAACAAGCCUGGGAAGCGUAAACGAUCUCAAAUUGCGGACGCAUCAGCGCCUGGCGAACGCAAAGAUGAUAUUGACACGACUGAAAACUCCACAGCCGGCAACGCUCGGCGGACGGCCAAGUCGACGAACAAAGUAAGAAAUGCUCAGCAGUCAGAUCCCGCCGGUGUUCAGGACGAAUGCGUGAUUGAGUGGCCCGAGUGGUUCAAGGUACUAGACAAAACGUACCGAGCCCUCAACCUCGUCGUCACCUUUUGCUGCACACGCAAGCACCUCGCAACCACUUUCGACACCAUCAAGUCUACGGUCGAGUCGCACAUCAAUCGGCAGCUGCUGAUUCAAGACGUGGCGGCCAUCGCGGCCCUCCGUCCUGACGGCGUGCGAUUCGAAUAUGUCGACGAGGUCAUGCUGCAGCUGGACGCACGCGGCGCAGAGAGGGAUGACACUUUCCGGUCGUCGAGGAAUUUCCUAACGUCGCAGAGCCGCCCGCCAGAUUCGUCCGUCGGGGGCUUCACCGGCCGCGAGGGGUUGCAGAGCCGCAACCAGGGUGACAAUGGCGACGCGGACCUGACCGGAAAGGAGGUUUUGUAUUUUGAGUUCCUCGACGGAGACCUCAAGCGGGAGGUGCAGUGCAAGAAGACAGGAGAACCUACAAAGCCUACCCGGAAGCUGCGCGAUGAAGAACUGAAGAUGCCGGUGUACAGUCAGAAGCAGAUGGCGACGCUGAUCGAGAAGCGCAACCAACGUUUUACGGUUGCGGUCAAUCAUUUUAUAAAUAAGUGCGUGACAGAAUCGACCGAUCCUGUCAUGGCGCUGAAGAGUGAGUCUGAGAAGUUUAUCCCGAUGCCAACCGCAGCCACACAACCAUCGCCUCCGCCUCAAACUAGUACAAUACCAGAAAGCAUACCCAAGGAGCGCAAGUCAAUCCCGGAGAUAGUCCAGGAGCUCAAAGAGAGCCCUUUCUAUACCGGACAAAUCGUCCCGGAUGGCCACCGUGUCUUCGAACCGCAGGAGCCGAUUUUUGGAGACCUCAAUUUCCUGCUCAGCCAGGAUCUCGUUAAUGCCUUGUACAACGCGAAAGGCAUUACGCAGUUCUAUGCGCACCAAACAGAAGCCAUCAACGGAUUGAUAGAAGGUCAUCAUGUCGUCGUGGCCACCUCGACGAGUUCGGGCAAGUCGCUCAUCUACCAGCUUCCCGUCUUGCAUGCACUGGAGAAGGACCACGAGACCAGAGCAAUGUAUAUCUUUCCUACAAAGGCGCUGGCUCAGGAUCAAAAACGAAGCCUAAAGGAGAUGAUGGCAUACAUGCCGGGUCUGGAGCAGAUGGUUGUGGAUACUUUUGAUGGUGACACACCAAUGGCGGAGAGAAACAUUAUUCGUGACGAGGGGCGCAUCAUCUUCACCAACCCGGAUAUGCUGCAUAUUACUAUUCUUCCACAAGAGGAGCGAUGGCGGACCUUCCUCAAGAAUCUUCGGUACGUGGUGGUGGACGAGCUGCAUUAUUACAAUGGUCUGAUGGGCUCUCACGUCGCGCUCAUCAUGCGGCGCCUACGCCGAAUCUGCGCUGCUGUGGGCAACCGACAUGUCAAGUUUGUAUCGUGCUCCGCCACCGUAGCAAACCCCAAGGAGCACUUCAAGACAAUAUUUGGGAUCAGCGAUGUGCGGCUCGUGGACUUUGACGGCUCUCCAUCCGGCCGCAAGGAGUUUCUUUGCUGGAACACGCCCUACCGCGUCCCUGGAGAUCCUUCAAGCGGACGAGGUGAUGCCAAGUAUGAAUGUGCACGGCUCUUUUGCCAGCUCGUUCUACGCGGAGUCCGCGUUAUUGCGUUCUGUCGGGUCAGGGAGCAAUGCGAAAAGCUUGUCGGGGCCGUCAGGGCCGAGCUCGAAAGGCUCGGUCGACCUGAGUGCAUCGCUCGUGUGAUGGGUUACCGCGGUGGAUAUACACCACAGGACCGGCGAAGGAUUGAAACAGAGAUGUUUGAGGGCAAACUUGUGGGCAUCGUAGCUACGACGGCGCUGGAGCUGGGCGUCGACAUCGGCUCCCUUGACUGUGUGAUCACUUGGGGGUUCCCUUAUACGAUUGCCAACCUCAGACAGCAGAGUGGACGUGCUGGACGGCGGAACCUGGAUUCGCUCUCCAUUUUGGUUGGGGACUCGUUUCCGACAGAUCAACACUAUAUGCAGAACCCAGACGAAAUCUUUACGCAACCAAACUGUGCGCUGCAAGUCGAUCUCGAAAACAUGUUGGUGAGGGAGGGCCAUAUACAAUGUGCGGCCUACGAAAUGCCGAUCCGGCCUGACGAGGAUGUGCAGUACUUUGGCGCAGAUCUUCCCAAGAUAUGCGUUGAAAGACUAGUGCCCGAUGAGCUUGGAUACUAUCACUGUCACGACAGGUUCCGGCCUAUGCCGUCCAAGUUUGUGACAAUUCGGGAUACUGAGGAUGAGCACUUUGCUAUUGUUGAUAUAUCACAUGGGCGAAACGUUGUUUUAGAGGAGCUCGAGGCCUCCAGGGCUACGUUCACACUCUACGACGGCGCCAUUUUCCUUCACCAGGGCACCACCUACCUGGUGCGCGAUUUCGACCCAGAGAAGCAUAUGGCAAGGGUUGAGAAAGUCAAGGUGGAUUGGACGACGGAGCAACGAGACUUUACAGAUAUCGACCCGAUCGAGACAGAGGCCAUCAAGCGCAUUGAGGGAUCCCCUUGCCGAGCAUAUCAUGGAACCAUCCGGAUCAAGCAGGUGGUUUUUGGGUACUUCAAAGUGGACAAGCGCAACCGCGUACUGGAUGCUGUGCACGUGGACAACCCACCGGUCGUGCGUUUCAGCAAGGGCACCUGGCUGGACAUUCCUCGGCGCGCACUCGAGAUUCUUGACUCCCGGCGGCUGAACGCGGCGGCGGCGAUCCAUGCAGCCGAGCACUGCGUAAUGAGCCUGGUGCCCAACUUCGUCAUCAGCAUGCCCGGCGACGUGCGCACCGAGUGUAAGAACAGCCUCAAGGAGUUUGCGCGCAAGGAGACCAGCCGCAAGCGGCCGGCGCGGUUGACCUUUUACGAUGCCAAGGGCGGCGCUGGCGGAUCCGGAAUAAAUAUCAAAGCAUUUGAGCACGUCGACAUGCUACUGCAACAGGCGGUGGCGAGGGUCGAGGGCUGCAGCUGCAUGGGCGGGUGUCUGGAGUGCGUGGCGAGCGAGACGUGCAAACAGCACAAUGCCGUAAUGAGCAAGGCUGGGGCCGGGGUUGUCCUUAAAUCGCUGCUCGGGCUCGAGAUUGACGUCGAUCGGCUGCCGAUGGGGCCUGAGGAGAAUAGCCCCGCGGGCGUAGAGACGAUUGUCCUCGCGAAGCCGGUACCGCCGAGGGAUGUUCGGCUAUGGAAGGAUUAUGGUAAACUUAGUGACAACGAAGAAGAAGGUGAUGAUGGGGGCCAUGUCGAUGGUGAGCCAGGUCCGACCUCUGACGGUUGA